GUGUUUGUAAUUGCAGAUGGUGUAUUUCGGUUUACAGCUAGCAGUGUUAUCCCUGUAUGUCCUAUCUAAGAAGCAGUGCCCAGCCGUGUGGUUGUGGCCUGUGAUGGCAGUGAUAGGACUGGUAUAUCUACUGGCUGUGUGUGUCCUCUAUCUUGAAAUGACUGAUAUACACAGUUUACUGAAUAAUGUUGUAGCAACAAAUAUAUCGGCAGUCCUUCUGAGCUGGUGGUUUCUUUGGCUUAUAAGCAGUAUUAUGCUGGUGUGUUUCCAUGGAAACAAGCCAUCAGAAAUACUUUGCAAAAAAUUGUCUAGUCAACCCUCAGAAAUGACAAGUAAAGACACUUCAGUAUAUGAACAUGUUACCACUACACAAUCACACAAUGAUACAGACACUGAGGAAAAAUACAAACAAAUUCUUACUCAAGAAAUGGAAGGGAAAACCACAAAUAUUUCUAAACAGUUCGAAUCUCAGAGAAGCAAAAAGUUGAAAGAGAAAACAUCAGGGAGUGAGGAUGCGACAUCAGUACGGAAGUUCUUCCAUGUUGCUAUGAUAUGUGUAUAUGUUCCGGGGUUGAUGCUGUGCCCCAACUUGUUGUACCUCGCCUCAAUUGUCAUUGCUGCUGUACUGAUCAUUCUAGAGGUAAUCAGGGUGUUGAAAUUACAACCUUUUGGACCUAUACUGGAUGAGUACCUCUGGGUUUUUCUUGAUGAACAGGAUACUGGUGACCUUAUAUUGACCCCUAUAUACCUCCUCCUGGGCUGUUCUUUGCCUUUAUGGUGGAACUAUAAGCAGCAAAGACCACCUUGUUCCCUGUCAAUGUAUGCAGGACUGAUCUCAGUGGGUGUCGGUGAUGGCAUUGCAUCUGUUAUUGGUAGAAAAUUUGGCAGACAUAAAUGGCCAGGUAGAAAGAAGUCUAUAGAGGGAACAUCUGCUGCUUUUAUAUCACAGAUUAUAGCUGUACAACUCUUGUCAUUUGGCAACAUUCCUGGAGCAGUUGUUUCCAUGGAGAUGAUAUUUUGUCUUGCUCUUAUUUCACUGCUGGAAGCAUUCACCAGUCAGAUAGACAACCUGGUUGUUCCAAUGUUUGCCUGGGUUCUAUUAGCCACUAUAGAGCCUACCUAUUAGACACUGCAGGUCAAGUGUUUGUUCAAUGGAUGGUGUUGAUUAGAAGAGCUAACCUGUAAGAUGCUACAGAUCCUGUGUUUGUUCAGCGGAUGGUGUUGAUAAGUGGAGCAAAUCUAUUAGAGGCUACAUGUUGUGGACAAUGGACAGUGUUGAAAGUAAAGUCAACCUAUAUUGUGCUACAAAUCGUGUUUGUCCAAUAAAUGGUGUUGAAAAUAGAGCCAACCUGUAUGGCGCUACAGAUCCUGUGUUUGUUCAGUGGAUGGUAAUCGGAAGUAGAGCCAACCUGUAAGGCACUACAGAUCCCAUGUUUGUUCAGUAGAUGGUAGUCGAAAGUAGAGCCAAUCUUUUAGAGACUACAGAACCCGUGUUUAUUCAAUGGAUGGUGUUGAGCAAACCUUUAAGCAAGCCAGACACUGUAGAUCCUGUGUUUGUUCAGAAGUAAAGCCAACCAAUGUUGUAUUUAUCCAAUAGAUGGUGUUCAGAAUUAGAGGCAUCCUUUAUAUAAUGCAGUCUAAAUGUUUUUUGGAUUGUGUUCAAAAGGAAACAUUCUUUACGUUUGUUAAAUGAAUAGUGUUCUGCACUGAUAAAACUGUACCUUAUGUGUUCAGCAUUAGAAUCAGUUUACCUUUUGUUCUGUUUUUUUUAUCUCAGGAAAAUGUUAAGCAAUUAAACAAAUUAUUUAUA